CUCAUUAAUUCAUGAAAGCAUUGUAUGAGCCUAGAUAUGGAUUUCUAUAAAUUCAGCUAUGGUACCAGGUAGUUCAAGUCUCCAAAAAACGCACAACUUCCGAUACUAAUCUCCCAAAUCUCUCCUUCGAUCUACUCCCCCUCCCUAUCUCUCAGCAUGUUGGCCACAGUAUUCUUAAUAGUCGCAAGUGCUCUCACUGCAAAUGCCAAGCUUGGGAUUAACUGCCGUGGUUCCGCAAAGUGCAGCGCAUUAUGGGGACCUUCUGAUGCUGCCCAGCAACUCACCAAUGUGAUUCAACAUAUCGAUACCAACAGAUGGUACAUGAACGGAGAACACAUCGCCUGUGUUGGCAACCAGGCCGGUAAUGGCGGUGGUUAUUGUGCGUUCCUGCAGAAGACAGGGGGAACCAACGGUGGUGUGAUUAAGAACUUGGCUCACUAUAUUACGGAUCAUGGAUGCAAGCAGUGUGGUAGUGUGCCAUACUUUUACCCUCAGGGCAACAACAAUGUUGAUGAUGGCGAGCUCACAUAUAACUAUGUUGAUGAUCCUUGCGCUACAGCAGGUACUCAGCUAUGCUAAGUCAGUCAUGUCUAGGUAGACCUCGGGCAUCAGGGUUCCCUGAGGGUUUUCUGAACUAGGUAACUCGUUAUGAAAUCAACCUCUACACCGGUUAUGAGGCAAGGCUGCCUGGCUUCGCUCCUCUGGCCUGUUCCUGGUUCUUUUCUGGUUCACCCUUUUCUGUCGGCUUUUCCUUAUAUAGCUCAGUCGGCUUUGGAGAUUUCGAAAUGGCACCCCUGUGGCUACUGGUACCUGUUUCCUAGACUUACUGCCGAGUCUACGGUUCCUCAGGCCAGUUUCGAGGGCUAAAUUUUCAAAGUCAUAGCUAUGUCUUUGUUGUUAUGCUAAUGGACAACUUGCUAUACUCUAUGUAUUCGUAAACGAGCG